AUGCUCUCCGGAAGGGUUGGUGUAGUAUUUUGUGGGAGACAAUCUCCAGGAGGACAUAAUGUCAUUUGGGGUCUUCAUAGUGCCCUUAAGUCUCACAACCCUAAGGGUACAUUGCUUGGUUUUGUUGGUGGCACCGAGGGAUUAUUUGUAAAGAAGACUUUGGACAUCACAAAUGAUAUUCUCUCGACAUAUAAGUCAUCAGGUGGCUACGACUUACUUGGCCGUACAAAAGAUCAAAUAAGAACAUCUGAGCAAGUCAAUGCUGUAAUGUCUACCUGCCAAGAACUGAAGUUGGAUGGUCUUGUCAUUAUUGGAGGUAUACCAUCCAACACAGAUGCUGCUCAGCUUGCGGAGACAUUUGCUGAGUUAAAAUGUCCAACGAAGUUUGUGCCCAGGGUGGUUGGAGUUCCUGUAACCUUGAAUGGAGAUUUAAAGAAUCAAUUUGUGGAGAUAAAUGUAGGAUUUGACACAAUAUGCAAGAUUGAGACAGAGAAGCUUCCGGUCCAGUUGGUGGAAUCAGAAAUGUAUAAGCGGUCGGUGAGAAGCAUUGUGAAGCCCGGAUGUUCACAAGAUGUUCUAAAAGCAGCUUUAAGUGCUAUCUAUGGCUUCCGUGACUGA